ACAAACCCAAAAAAAAGAGGAUGAAAAGAACUCAAACCUCACCCCCAUCAUCUCCUACCCUAAUUGAAUGGCCUCUCUUCUCCCAUUCACCCAUUUGAAACCCAUCACCACAAUCACCAAAUCAUCAUUAACAUCAACACCUUCUUCUCUAAUUGAAUCUCUCAAUGAUCAAUUUGGAAGAAAAGGUAUUAACUUCUUAGAUUCAACUGAUCCCACAAUUAACACUCCCAUUGUUGAGCUUAGUGUCAGAAAUGGAAGCUCACUGAAACUGCACCUAUCCAAUGCACAUAUUACCUCUUAUAAGCCUAAAGUUUACUGGAAAGAUGAUGGAUUUGAGGAGGUUUUGUACACAUUUCCUAAUUCCAAAGGUGGGGUUGGGUUAGUGGUUAAUGAUGUUACUCAACCUGUUGUUUCUGCUAAGAAACCUGACCCUUUUAGAAGGUCUGAGCCUGGUUCGGCGACCCCGAAAGGGUCUGUGCUUACUGGGGUUGAAUGGUUUGUUAAGGAUGUUGAUUCUGAUUCUUUUGAUGCUGUUCAGGUGGAAUUGGGUUGUACUAGUGGAAGUCUCGACAUAACCUAUGUAGUUUCCCUGUAUCCUGAAAGCAUGGCAUCAGCAGUUCUUGUGAAGAACAAUGGUCGUAAGUCAUUAGAUCUUACAAGUGCGAUACUUAGUCAUCUCAAAUUCAAAAAACGCGAUGGAUCAGGAAUACAAGGACUGCAGGGUUGCUCUUAUUGUUCCCACCCCCCGUUAUCUUCACCUUUCGAGAUUCUCUCCCCUAGCGAGGCCAUGAAAGUCGACGAACCUGGCUUGUUCUCAUUCAGCUCUGAGUCUCCUCCAAAGACUGGUCAAUGGACUACCCAAAAUGAACCAAUUACCAUUCUCAAGAAUAAAUUUAGCAGGGUAUAUACAGCGCCUCCUACGGAGAGAUCCAAGGCAUUCUUCCGAACUCCACCAUCAAAAUAUGAGACGGUUGAUCAGGGAAAAGGGCUCGUAUUUCGAGUGAUCAGACUGGGUUUCGAGGACAUAUACUUAUCGAGCCCAGGAUCCUUCUUUGAUAAAUAUGGCAGGGAUUAUUUCAUCUGCACUGGCCCUGCUGCAAUGUUGGUACCAGUUACUGUUAACCCAGGCGAGGAAUGGAGGGGUGCUCAAGUUAUUGAGCAUGAUAAUCUCACAUAAUUUGUAAUUACUUCUACUUGUAAAGAAAAUAUCCUUGUAACUUGAUUGGUUUUUUAUAUUGAAACUAAAUUUCCUUCAUCCA